AUGCAAGAAUGUUGGAAUACAAGUCUUAUGAAGAAUUAUAUAUCUUUAACUCCCGGACAGGCUAAUUUAAUGGAAAACGCUGGGUGGUUACAAACUGAUGCUAAAUUGACUAAUGGUGACGGAUAUUUUGAUAUUUCUAUACUGCUGAGUUUAUUCCUUGGAUUCGCUGAAGAUUAUAAUCGGAUUAUUAUGAAUGCUAAGCAUGAAUUAAUUCUCAUAAGAUCAAACACUGAUAUUAACUCAUAUCUACAUACACCUGCUGCUCGAGAGGCUGCUGAAAAAGUUAAAAUAGUUCUUAAUAAAGUGGAAUGGAAUGUACCAUACAUUACAAUGUCGGAUAAACAGAAGAUUCAAGCACUAAGUUUUAUCGUAAAUGAUCCAACUAUUCCAUUAAGCUACCGUGAAUGGCAAUCAUAUGAAUAUUCACUACUUCCGAAAACGACGAAACAUGUUUCGCCUAUCAAAACUUCAACGCAAUUGGAAAAACCACGAUAUUUGGUUCUUGGAUUUCAAACUGGAAGAAAAAAUAUUGUGACGAAAAAUUCCAGUCACUUUGAUCAUUGUAAUAUCCGAGAUGUAAAAGUUUUUCUUAAUUCUCAAAGUUAUCCAUAUGGAAAUUUGAAUCUAAACAUUAAUCGCAAUCAGUAUGCUUUAUUGUAUGAUAUGUAUACAAAUUUUCAAACGUCAUACUAUAAUAAAAAGCCGGAACCAUUGUUGACUAAAGCAGGAUUUUUGGAAGAAGCACCACUCUACAUCAUCGAUUGUUCAAAACAAAAUGAAUCAAUCAAAUCUGGACCAGUUGACAUUCGUGUUGAAUUUAAAUCAAAUGAUCAGUUUCCCGAUCAGACAUCAGCAUACUGCUUAAUUCUGCAUGAUCGUAUUAUUGAAUAUAAUCCAUUGAGUAGUGCUGUAAGGAAAUUAACUUAA